CAGCCCGUCCGGGGGGAGGAAGAUGAGACACGUUUGACUCGGGGAAAAAAAGAGAAAACUCAUGGAAAUAGUGGAAUUAUUCUGAAUUUGACUUCGACAUCGAGAACAACGUUUUGUUACAAUGAAAGCGUGAACUGGUUCACAGCUGAUUUAUUUAAAUACUGAGAAAGAAUUCAACUAGUUCUUAGAGAGACAAUAACAACAUUCACAAAACAGUAUGUCGUCCACUGAAGAGCCGUCUGGCACGGUCUUGCACCGGCUCAUCCAGGAGCAACUUCGCUAUGGAAACCCCACAGACACUCGCACCUUAUUAGCCAUCCAGCAGCAGGCCCUGCGUGGAGGCAGUGGAAGCAACAGUGGACCCAGCAGUGGAGGUGACAUGGGCAGGAGCCCACGAUCCUCUUUGGAGAGUCUAACCCAGGAGGAGCCUCCUUUCCCUCAGCUCUCAGCGAGGCAGGAGCCUCAGGGACAGGAGCACCAGGGUGACUACCACCACUCAGAGAGUGGCUACCAGCUCUACCAGCUUCACGGGGAGGAGCUGCCAACAUACGAGCAGGCCAAGGUACACUCUCAGUAUCUGGCCUCUCACUGGGCCCCUACAGGCCCUAUCAGGCAGCUCAAUGAGGGGAAGCUCCUGCAUGAGGGGGCCUUCCACAAAGAGGCAGAUCUGAUGGACCUGAAGUGCAGCCAUGUGCGGUCACUCAGUGAGCAUCGCAUGCAGAUAUCUCUGGAAAGGAAUGAUGCAGCAGCUAAAGCAGAAGUUAACAAGAACAACUCUCACAGCUACCCUGAGCUACCCUACUACACGCCACAAGGCCUCCAGAGCACAGGGCAGAGCCAGGACAAGCGCAGCCCACCACCUGAGUACUCAGCCCCCAUCCAGGGCCAAGGAUUUAUCCCCCACCAGGUCCAGGAGCCAGUGCAGGCACAACAGCACAGGUAUAUCCAAUCUGGUCAGCCAGCUGAAGUCCCCUGCUACAACACGUUUACCAGCCUGCCACCUGCUGGCUUGGAGGAGCCCAACCAAGUGGAGCUGCUGCUGAUGGAGAAUGAGCGGCUGAGGCAAGAGCUAGAAGCACACAGGGAGAAGACUAGCCGUAUUCAGAAGCUGGAGCAGGAGAUCCAGCGUAUUUCGGAGGCAUACGAAACACUGAUGCAGGGCAGCAGUAAGAGAGAGAAUCUGGAGCAGACACUGAGGAAGAGGCUGGUGGCUGAGAUCAGGAGGCUGCAGGAUUUCAACAGAGACCUUAGAGAAAACCUGGAAAAUGCCAGAACACAUGUCGCAAAAGAAGUACAGGCUGCCGACCAUAACCAGCACAUCAUGGCAAAACUCCUUGAGCAAAAUGAGGAGCAGAACUUUGAGCGGGAGCGUGUAGAGCGGGAGGUGGAGCGAUUGAGGGCCACGGCGGAGGAGCAGAACCUCAGAGCCAAGAGGUUGGAAGAAGCCCUGGAGACGGCUCGCGGACGCGGCCGUCAGCUCGAGGAGGAGUUGAGGAGGAAGAGGGCGUAUGUAGAGAAGGUGGAGCGGCUUCAGAGCGCCCUGGCUCAGCUACAGUCCACUUGUGAGAAGAGGGAGAGCCUAGAGAUGAAGCUGAGGACACGGCUAGAGCAGGAGCUGAGGAGUUUGAGGGCACAACAGAGGCAGUCACAGCCACCAGGAGUGACCAUGAGCUCCCUCCAAGAGCGUCUUCACGAGCGCGAGGAACGUAUUUUGGCCCUCGAGGCUGACAUGGUGCGCUGGGAGCAGAAGUACCUGGAGGAGAGCACCAUGAGGCAGUUUGCCAUGGAGGUGGCUGCCACAGCUGCUGCUCAGAGAGACACCACCAUCAUUAAUCACUCACCCUGCCACUCCUCUAACAACAGUUUCAAUGAGGACCUGCCUGUUGCCGACUUCAGGAAUCAAGAGAUGGAGAACAGGAUCCGUGCUCUCUAUGCUCAGAUCUUGGAAAAGGAUGCUGUGAUCAAGGUCCUCAACCAGCGACUGCACCAGGACCAAGGGAGGAAGGAUGAGCAAAGUCCCCGCACAAACCUCUUAAAUACGGCAGGGGCGCCUCUCCGACUUGCCUCCUCCACUCCCUCCAUCUGCACCCUCAACAGCACCACCAAGAGUAGAGGAAAGAGUCUUUCAGAUGAUCAAACUUCGCCGAACUGUCAGUUUUCUGCUCAGUCCGAACCUGGGAUGCUAGAACGGCAGGUGGGCGGAACAAAGGCCAAAGAGGCUGCCAGCGUAACUAAGCUCAACAGUGACAAGGCAGCGCCUAAGAAGUUGCUGUUGAACCCCUUCAAAGGCCUGGACGAGUUGGAGUCAGAGGCAGUGGAAAUCUUCAUUUAAAGAACUGAGAGAUGUAUUUUUUGAAAGAAUCUGUGAAGAGCGCGAGUCUUUGAAUAGAGAAUGGAAGAAAAAUGUUGUGGAAAGAGGCCAACGCACAAUGAAAAAAAAGGACUGUUUUCACAUUUUUGAGACAGAGCUGUGCUCCGACUCACUCGCUCUCACUAAGCUGGACAGCUGCAGGCAGUGUGCCAGGCUGGGAGAGAAAAGAUGAAUCCUCCGAGGUACUUGGACAGUAUUGUGGAUUGUAAUAGGGCUACAUGUUCUCAGAGAGUGUAUGCCAAAAUAUUUAUAUAUAAAUAUAUAUAUAAUUGCUGCUCCCCCCCCCUUUAUCUCCUUUUCCAACCCAGUGAAUUAAAAAGCUACAUAUUUAUCUUAUCUGGUUUCCACAUUCCCCAAAUAUUAACUUAAGCCUCAUGCUCUUCUUGAUAAAUAUUCAAUACAAGGUUAUCUGACCUGCAUUCCCCCAUCUCUCUCUCUCUGUUUCUCUCCAAAAAAUGUGGAUUAACCUGAGUAACCUCAUUCCCAUCACAUGGAUCUUAUCUGUUUGGAAAACAUCCCUUUGCUCAAUAAUUUAAGCUUAUAACACAUGAAACACUGUUUAAAUGCUCUCGCUGUACAUGUUCAUCAAACCCUAGUAGCUGGUUCUGCGAGGUUUAGAGGUAUAUGAGCAGUGAGAUGCAUUUUAAAUAUAUAUUAAAAAGACAAUUUGGUAUUUGCCAAACUGACACAGACCUGGUGUUGUUUGUAGUUUUGUGAGGGUGUUGCAUCAUGGUGUUGAUUUCAUCAUCUGUUUUUUCUGAUUUCUGAUUUUCCUUCUUUAAGUAUGUUUGCAUGUGUGAUUACAGUGUGUGAGUGUUUUUCCUGAUGUGGUGAUUCUGCUGGUUUGGUCACCACUGGGGAUAAAAGUUGAAAACUACACCAUGUUGGUUUUUGUUUACUGUGAGCUUUGAACUAACAAACAGGUUUAUUAUUAUUAUUAUAAUUAUUAUAUAUAUUUUAUACAGAUGUUUGUAUUAUUAUUAUUAUUAUUAUUAUUUAGAUAUUAUAGUGCUUUGAGCAGGACGCCAAAAAGUUAAUGUAUGUUUGUUGUAAGUUAUGUGCCGACAAUCAUGGUCAUGUCAUACUGUACACAACCAACCGAGUGUUGACUUCAAACGGACAUUUCUGUGAACUUCAAACAAUAUGAAGGUUUUAACAGUUGAAUUCAUGCAACAUUUCAUAAAGCAAUAAAAUAUUCUAAUAUACAUUAA